GUGCAACAUCGAGCGGUUCCUGGUCGUCGGGGAGGGGGGCAUCGGUGCCACUUUAAAGAGGAUUCCGCAUGUGGUCAAGCUUGUGCAAGAAUCGGGGGCGAGCUUCGUCAAGGCGGCCCAGCCGGCAGACCUGGAUCAAGCUGGGCUCAUCGAAGAGGACAAAAGAUACAGAAAGGAGUUGGCCUCGCGGAAUGCUGCGAAGGCGGCAGCGAUGGGCACCUCUAAGGCGGCACCUGCAUCGAAAGCUGCUCCGGCCGCGGCGCCGCCGGCCCCUCCCGCCGCAACUGCUGCAGCGCCAGCCGCACCAGCGACAGCAGAGCCAGCAGUUGGAGAGGGCAAGCGCCCUGCUCCAGAGGGUGCCGAGGGCAACGCCGAGAAGAAGCCCAGGAACGAACAGGAGACUGCAAUGCUUGGGCGGAUGCUCAUGCAGGGCGUGGUGAGAGUGCUGCAGAAUCGCGCCAAGAAUAACCAGGGGGCCCUUCCAUUGGCUGAUCUGGAGACGGAGUUCAAGGAGCUGUGGAAAGUGCCCUUCAAUGUGAAGGAGGCCGGGGAGACUGACGCCCUGAGCUUCCUUCGGAAAUGGCCUGCGAAG